CAUCACAUUAUAACAUCGCCUCCAAUUUUUUUAUAUCAGUCAUCCAAAUAAUCAGAUUUCCCAGAAUGGCUUCGUUGGCAGGAAAAGUUUUCUGUGUGACAGGCGCUGCCUCCGGCAUUGGCCUAUCCACAGUCAAAACACUCCUUUCCCGAGGCGCAUCAGUUGGCAUGAGUGAUGUUAACGAGAAGGUAUUACAAAGUGCCUACGAUACAUUACCUCCAACAGAACAAUCGCGUGUGUUUACAAUGACUGUAGAUGUGGCAGAACGGUCACAUCUGAAACGGUUUUUUGAGGAUACCAAGAAGCACUUUGGAGAACUGCACGGUGUUGCCAACAUCGCAGGGGUGGUUGGACCAUCAUUUGGUAUUUUGGAAACCUGGCAGCUGGAAACCAAGGAGUAUGAAUUCGUGAUGGACGUAAAUGUCAGAGGCGUUUUUAACUCCCUUGCGGAAUCCAUGGUGCCAGGUCUCCUUGCAUCACCCUCCAGCAUCGUCAAUAUCGGGAGCGUCGCGUCGGCGAGAGGGUAUAAAAAAGGAAUUUUGUAUAGUGCAAGCAAGCAUGCAGUUGUGGGCUUGACCAAGAGCGCAGCAAUAGAAGGAGGGUCCAAAGAUAUUCGCGUCAACAUUGUGUUACCAGGGCCUACAGAUACCCCGCUGCUGCGGAUUGCUGAUGAGAACUACGGCUCUCUAAAACGAGCGAGCGCCGGUCGCCCUAUACAAAGAACCGCACACGUGGAUGAGCUAUCCUCUGUGAUUGUAUUCCUACUCAGUCCAGAGAGCAGUUAUAUGACGGGAUCUGUCGUCAGCGUGGACGGUGGAUCACUAGCAUAGAGAGAUGGAGUGGGAUGAC